UUGCUCCAGCUCCUCAUAGCGGUCGGUCGCUCGCUGCUGGUUGCGCGCUCACUCACUCUCUCUCACACACACACACACACGCAGUGGAGGCAGGAAUUUUUGGGGAGUGGAAAUUCCACUGUUACUUUCGCGGCUCGAGUCGUGUCGCUGGCAUUCAGCAGUCCGAGCAGACAGAGACAGACAGACAGAGAGAGAGACAGAGACAGAGAGACAGACAGAGCUGGAGGUCUGAGGGAGAAAAGCUGCGCUCCGAUGUUCUCCGCGCUUGGUUUUUACUGAACACCGACCCACUCGUGAUUCUGUUCCUUUUCGACUUGGAAGUAACAGCAUCAGCGGUGCUCUGCUCUCAGAAGUGAGAGGUUUGAUGAAGAAUCUUUGGCGCACAGCUGCCGCUAUUGGCGAGCGGAUUUCUCCCUUUUGACUCUCGCCUCUGUGUUCGGAUUAUACUCUCUAUCGUUUCGUUUUCUCCGGGAGAUUGUUAACUUGCUCCCUGUCAGACGCAGCAGGGCUCCUGGUGCUGAAGCCCGCAGGAUGCUGGAAAACCUACAACCACCACAUCUCUACCUUUGAGAAAAUCCUCUUCCCCUGUUUUUGGACCUAAAAUCGCUCUGGACGUUGUUGUCUUUAAUUUAUCCUUUUUAAUUUUUUUUUAUUUUCUGUGUUGAACACAAUCUGACAAGGAUGCUUUGUGGAUUUCUAUUGUUCCUUUUUAGCCAAGUCCUCUUGGUUGCUUCGUUGACACAGACUGAUAAAUGUGGGGGAAACAUAGAGAUAGACAUCGCGGACUACCUGACCUCCCCGGGCUAUCCCGGCGCCUACCCGCCCUCCCAGCAGUGCGUGUGGGUGAUAACCGCGCCAGAGCCUGGUCAGAAGAUCCUCAUCAACUUCAACCCACAUUUUGACCUGGAGGACAGAGACUGCAAGUACGACUACGUGGAGGUUUAUAACGGCGGGGACGAGCUUUCGCCCAUGCUGGGAAAGUUCUGCGGGAAGAUCGCGCCGUCGCCGAUCAUCUCCAGCGGCGGCCAACUGCUCAUCAAGUUUGUCUCCGACUACGAGACACACGGAGCUGGAUUCUCUGUUCGCUACGAGGUCUUCAAGACAGGUCCAGAAUGCUCCAGAAACUUCACAGCUCCCCGGGGAGUCAUCAAGACGCCGGGCUUCCCUGAGAAAUACCCCAACAACCUGGACUGCACCUUUAUGAUCUUCGCCCCCAAGAUGUCGGAGAUCGUGGUAGAGUUUGACAGCUUCGACAUGGAGCCCGACACCACACCGCCACCGGGCGCCCUCUGCAGAUUCGACUGGCUGGAGAUCUGGGACGGAUUCCCCGCAGUGGGCCCCCACAUUGGCAGAUACUGUGGACAGACCUCACCGGGCCGUGUGAUCUCCUACACCGGCAUCCUGUCCAUGACCAUCACGACUGACAGCGCCAUCGCCAAAGAGGGAUUCUCCGCCAACUACACCAUCCGUGAGAGGAACCUCCCCCCGGGACACGAGGACGAGGAUUUCGCUUGUAUGGAGCCUCUGGGGAUGGAGUCAGGAGAAAUCUCUUCAGAUCAGAUCACUGCCUCCUCCCAGUACAACUCCAACUGGUCGCCCGAACGCUCGCGUCUCAACUACGCGGAGAACGGCUGGACGCCGUCGGACGACACCAUCAAGGAGUGGAUACAGGUGGACUUGGGUUUUCUCAGAUUCAUCACAGCCAUCGGGACGCAGGGAGCGAUCUCAAAAGAGACCAAGAAGCACUAUUUUGUUCGCUCGUUCAAGGUAGACCUGAGCUCCAACGGAGAGGACUGGGUCCCAGUGAAGGAGGGCCCCAAGCAGAAGAUCUUUCAGGGGAACCACAAUGCAAUGGACGAAGUUCACGCCCUCCUUCCCAAACAGUCUCUGGCUCGUUACGUCCGCAUCCGCCCCAUGACCUGGGAGCAAGGCAUCUGCAUGCGCUUCGAGGUCUAUGGCUGCAGAACGUCAGACUACCCGUGUUCCGGGAUGUUGGGGAUGGUGUCGGGUCAGAUCUCCGAUGCACAGAUCAGCGCCUCGUCUUACGCCGACCGGGGCUGGGUUGCCGAGAACGCUCGCCUGUUAACGGGGAGGUCAGGCUGGACCGGGCAGCAGACCAAGCAGCCUUUCAGAAACGAGUGGCUGCAGGUGGAUCUGGGCCAGGACAAGUUUGUGAGCGGUGUGUUGAUCCAGGGAGGGAAACACCGUGACAGGAACGUCUUCAUGAGGAAGUUUAAAGUGGGCUACAGUCUGUAUGGCGAGGACUGGACUUUCGUCAAAGAGGAAAACACCACCAGGCCAAAGGUUUUCUCCGGGAACCAGAACCACGACACUCCAGAGCUGAGGUCCAUGGUUCCGUUCAUCACGCGCUUUGUCAGGAUCUACCCAGAGAGAGCCACCUCCGAGGGCCUGGGCCUCCGACUGGAGCUUCUGGGAUGUGAACUGGAAGAAAUCACGACGACAGCUCCGCCCACCACACCCAUGGCCUCCACGCUUCCCAUGACCACGUUUGGUGCCACCACCACGGCGCCCAUCACCAUGCCGGGCACAACCGGGACCACAGACUGUGACGGAGGACAAGAGCGCUGCGGCGGCGAGACGGACGCGCCCACCGACGACGACGACGACACAGCGACAGCAGGAGGCACGGCGGCGCCUGACCCAAUCCUGGACUUCAUGCCAGCCUACGUGUGGUUCGCCUGUAACUUCGAGUUCUCGUCGUUCUGCGGCUGGUCCAGAGAGGCCGGCACAGGGGCGGAGUGGCUCAUCCAGACCAGUGACGCCGCUUCUGUCCACAGAGGCCCCGCCCAUGACCACGCAGGCAGAAUGGGGAACUUCAUCUAUAUGCAGUUGCUGGACAGAGAGACAUACGGUAAAAUGGGUGAAGGCAAGGAUGAGGACGAGGAGGAGGAGGAGGAGAGAGCGGCCAGGCUGGCCAGGCUGGCCAGUCUGCCCAUCACGGCAGCGGACGCCGACCUGUGCAUGUCCUUCUGGUAUCACAUGUUCGGCGAGCAUGCGGGUUCCCUCCACAUCAAGCAGAGGAAGGAGACGGAGGCGGAGAAGAUGCUGUGGACACUCAGUGGACACCAGGACAAGCGCUGGAGGGAGGGACGGGUUCUACUGCCACACUCCAGUGUCUCAUAUCAGGUGGUGGUGGAAGGAGUUGCAGACAGACACAGCACAGGUCACAUAGCUGUGGACAACAUCCAGAUCUUGGAUGGGAUCAAUGCAGAUUACUGCAAGGAUCCAGAAACUCCUACGUCUCCGCCAACUGAGAUCAUCAUCUUACCGUUGGACUCGCUGUCUCAGGAGACCAGCGAGCAUGGAGGACCAGGCAACAUGCUGAAGACCCUGGACCCCAUCCUCAUCACCAUCAUCGCCAUGUCCGCGCUGGGCGUCUUCCUGGGCGCCAUCUGUGGCGUGGUGCUGUACUGCGCCUGCUCUCAGGGCAGCAUGACGGACAGGAACUUAUCCGCCCUGGAAAACUAUAACUUUGAGCUGGUGGACGGCGUGAAGCUAAAGAAGGACAAGAUGAACGGACAGACUAACUAUUCAGAGGCGUGAGGCGAGACGAGAGGCGGAGCCGAGGUCACUCCGCGUGGACACAUGAUGCAGCCAAUCAAGCGGGGAGGAGCAACACGGGGGAGGCGCUGAUGCCACAGAUGGGACAGCAGGGUGGGCUGAACGUGAGCCCAUGUAAUUUUAUUUCUCAGGAGCGGCGGCGGUGGAAGGGACCGACCUGUAGGGGGCACUGUGUAUAAAGAAUCUGUACAGCAAAAAACAAACAAAAAACAAAACAUAGAGCAAGAAAACUAAGGAUUCUAUUUGUUUUUCGAUGUGCUUUGUUGAGUUCAUGUAACCACACGCUGGUGUUGAGACCAAUUCAGAUGAAAGUAUUGUUUGUGUACUUUUAUGGAGAGUCAAGAUUGGUUGUUUUUCUUGUCAUAAUUUCACAAAAAGAGCAGAAUGUGUGAGCGUGAGUGUGUAUGUGAGUGUGUGUGUACUUGUAUUUAUAUCUUUGUGAGGUCCAAACCUACAGUCCUAUUUUGUGGGGACAUUUUCUCUGGGCCCCACAACUUUAAAGUGCUUUUUUAAGAGGUUAAGAACUGGUUUUAAGGUUAGGAAAUGCAUUACAUCUAUGAAGUGUCCUCACUAAGAUAUAAAAACAAGUGUGUGUGACUUGUGUCUAGUUCCAACAGUGCCUUUUUUCUUUUCUUUUUUUCCGUUGCCUUGUUUUCUUUUUCGGCUGGCGUUUCCGUCCAGGGUUCCUACACGAAAGUGCGGAAAAACACCCGGAGAAAUGAACGUUGUACCUUUUUUUCCAGAUUGCGAUCGCAACACGACAAAUGUUUGUGUCGUCGGCCAAGAGUGAAGUUUUGGAAGCUCAAAAAAACGAAAUCUGGGGAACGUGUAGGAGCCCUGAAUGCCUCGCUCUCACGGCACAUGACACAUCUAACAUAUUGUACAUAGGUUUUAAUAUAUUUGCGCCCCCCCCAUCUUUUGUUUUUCUGAAUAGAAAAGACACCAGUGCCGCAGCAUCCUUUCUAUGUUGGAAUUAAAUUCAGAAAAAAUGUACAAAAAUAUAUAUAUAUAUAUUAAUUUCAACAAACAGAGACACAAUCAUGUGUUUCUUUUGACAUGUUUUGGGGAAUUUUGUUCUGGGAACAAGAUUUUUUUAAACUGUGAGAAUGUUUUUGAGAUUACUGAGAAAUGCAUCAUGGGAAGUGUUGUUUCCUGUACAGGGUAAAAAAAAAAAAAAGACAAUGUCAGAACCACUAAGAUGCAGAAAGCAUGUGGAAGAUGGAAGAUGUUUUUGCAGCCGUGUCCGGCAUCAGAGAGACUUUCUCCUCACGUCCAUCGUUUGCUGGGAGGUUGUGGAUUUGUUGUGACAGUGCUGUACUCUGUCAGUGUAUUUUGACUAUCAAUGAAACUUUUAUUAGAGCCAAAUGUAGGUUUUUCUGAGUCGCCAGGUGAGUAGUGGCCUGGAGACGACACACACAGAAUCAAGUCGGCACCGUAUCUGAGCAGAGACCCAACAGACCCAUCAAACUUUCUUUUUCUUUCUUUUUAAUGUUUAAAUUGUGCAAAAUAUGGAUUUCAAUCACAUGACUUGCAUUUAAAGCACCCCAGUUUGUCUCGGUACUGUUUUCCUUUGGAAUUCUGCUUCUGCAGAAUCAUUUUCUGGUUCAACUUAAAUCACUCACCGCUCUUUACAUCAACUAUGAACUGAUAUUAGCUAUUCAAGGGAUAUUUCUGUUUUGUUUGUUUUUAAAUAAGGCCGCAUGAGAUCCUUAUGCAUAGUCACUCAGACUAAGACCAAAAAUCAGUUUUCUUAAUGUCAUGUAAACACGUUAGUCCGACUCAAAUCAAGCUAGUCUUAGUCGGACUAGCAUACCUGGAUUAUGCGAUUCAUAGUCUGAUUACUCCUGCGUGUAUACGCCUAGUCGGACUGGAGUCAAAAUGUCCUCCCCGUUCGGCAUCAGAAAGACUUAAAGUGUCUCUCCUCACGUCCGUCAGCGUAUUUUAUGGCGAGGACGGGACAGGAGAAGGGAGACAAGGGAAAAAAAAGCUCUGGAAAAUACUCAAAUUAUAGCUGAAACAUGUCGUUUUCACUCUCCUUCUCCAAACAGAUUUAAAUUUUUAAUAUACAGCCUGGUCAUUGAUGAAGUGACUUCUGAUGGAUACAAUUUGAAGAUAAUGAUAGUAAUUUGAUCCAUGUCCUAUUUAUUAAUAUAACCUAUACUGCAGCCAGCCACUGGGGGGCGAUCUCACCACAGAUCAGUAUCAGUAUCCUCUGACAGCAGAAAAUAAAAUCAGGUUAAAUGAAGUUAAACAAAGGAAAAUCUGGGUAUUUUUCAGUGAAUAUUCAUUUUUAAAAAGUGGAAAUAACUCGGCACAUGCUAAUAUUAUUGAUUUAUAAAGUUUCAGUCUAACAAUGUCACUCACAACCAUUUAUGAUAGGGAUUUUUGGUCAAACAAUUCUCACUUUCUUUUUAAACGAGACUUUUACUUUGGUGGGUUUUCUGUUUUGUAUGUAAAGGAAACUCGGAUCGGUUUGAAUCAGACUCUGGUCUGUUUUUUAGGGAACAUUUCUAAUCAAAUGAUGAUGGUCUGAUUCAUUUUUAGACGAAGAAAGGAUUCUGCAGCACUCGACGUGAAAACAAAUGUUGCACUGAUAUAUAUUUAAAAAAAAGAAAAAAAAAAUCUAUGUGUUUAUGAUGUUGAUUUAUGAAAAGAGACAAAGAUGGUAGAAGAAGACAGUGUUGUUCGAACACAGUUUUCAGACUCUGAAACUCACAGAGAUGUUUUUCAUUCUCGAAAAAGCUUAUAUCGUCUCUUUGAAGUGUAUUUCACUUGGUAUAAUAUUUUACUUUUGUCUUUUUGUACCGUCACUGAUGUACGUGCCAUUUGUUUUAUUGUUUUAUUUUCAUUAUGUUUUUGUUCCCCUUGUAUGACAAGAGAAAUGUUUUGUUUUCAGUACUGCUUCUGUAGUUUUGCUGUCUCAGAUCCAGUGAAAAAGAAAAUAAAAUAAAAAACAAACACACACACACUUAAACACACAAUGGGAAAACAGUGAGGCCUUAUGUGACUAAAAGUAUUGUUUGUACUUUGACUCUCUGGUCAGCACCCACACUCAUCCGUCCCGGUCGUCCCUCAGACUCUGAUCAUUGACUAUUACAUUCCAAAGAAUUGGAUCAAAUAAAUGUUUUAAGUAAAA